UCGUUCAAGUGACAGCUUUGUUUACGUGGUGACGUGUACCGGAAGACAUGAUAACGUGACCUGCAUGACAGACAGCAGCUGCGAUAGUUAUGAACUACAGUUGAGAGCAGUGUACGAAUAUUUUUUUGUGUGAGUUUAUUAACACUACAUGGGCUGUGGUGUUUUAUAUUUACGUCAGCUACCUACACAUCUUCAAACAGAUGAGAAACAAGAGUGCUAGCGUCAGAUUAGCCUAGCUAUUGUUACCGUCACGCAUCAUCAUCUCCAGGGACAUCCUGCUGUACAAGAACAGGUCUUGCAUGAGGUUGCUGUUUGAUCACUGAAGCAAUGGCCAGUCCUAAUGAUCUACAGUUCCAAGAGUUUGAGGAAGCAGCAGAGCUGUUGUCUGCAGACCCGGGAGCCUCCACACUCAGUAUGUCUGCCUCAAACACCAGCACGACAGCAGCAGCAGCAGGAGGAGCAGGAGGAGAAAGAGAAAGAGGGGAGGAUGUUAAACUAGAUCUCUCAGAGGAUGAGGAGGGUCAGGAGGAGAGUUCAGAGCUGUUAGGAGGACAGAAACCAACUGGUGGCUUCUGGACCUUUGGGUAUUAUCAAUCUUUCUUCAAUGUGGACACAGUGCAGGUACUGGACAGAGUUAAGGGGUCAGUGAUGCCAUUACCUGGAAGAAACUUUAUUAAACACCACCUAAGGAGUAACCCUGAUCUCUAUGGUCCAUUCUGGAUCUGUGUGACACUGGUGUUCUCAGUAGCAAUCAGUGGGAACUUGUCCACCUUCCUCAGUGAGAUGGGAAACCCUUCCUACCACUACAGACCACAGUUCCACAGAGUCACGAUAGCUGCAGUAGUGAUCUUCAUGUAUGCCUGGCUCGUGCCGAUUGGUUUAUGGGGUUUCUUGACCUGGCGUCAAGGGGCUGAGAGGCAGAUUGGAGGCUAUUCAUUUCUGGAGACUGUGUGCGUCUAUGGCUACUCCCUCUUCAUUUAUAUCCCAACCUCGGUAUUGUGGAUCAUUCCAUUUGAGUGGUUGCGCUGGACACUGAUCCUGGUUGCCAUGGUGAUCUCUGGCUCCAUACUGGUCCUCACCUUCUGGCCUGUUGUCUGUGAUGACACCAAGGUGAUGGCAGUGGCAACAGUUGUGACCAUAGUGGUUUUGCACACGCUGCUGGCUAUUGGCUGUAAGAUGUACUUCUUCCAGACAGCAUUUUAUGUACCAACACCGCCCCCCACAACACCCCCAUUUCACAUAACAAUGACAACCAAACACUACUGACCAAUAGGAAGGAGGAAGAGUGCUGGCCAGGAUAAAGGAAAUGAAUGAUGUUUCUGUAGUGUUUGGAAUCACACGCAUUUAUAAAACCACAUAUAGACAAGCUGUUGGAGGCAAUGUUGAUUAUUGCCAUUGUGUGAUCAGUGCUUGCAUGAUGAAGUGCUGUAAUGGGGUGUGUGUAUUGUUGUUUAUGUAAUUUAUCUUGAUGGUGUUCCACUGUGACUGUAGUAGCAUUUGUUCACUGCAAUAAUUGUACAUUUCUACUGUGAUGUUUCAGGAUGUGGUGCAUUGUAUAUGUCUAGCAUGACUUUUUUUUUUAAGUCUCUUUAUUGAGUUUUUGAGGACAGAUAAUGUGCAUAUUCCAGAGGCAGCAAUCUAAAUGCCACACAAAGGCAACAUUAAGUAAUGUCCAGUGGAGACAAAUAUAGAGAACAAUAAAGUGACAAACCAUAAAUACAAAAAACAAAACAAAACAAAAACAAACAAACAAAAAACCACACACACACAUACACACUUUGGCAACCGCAGUCUUACAAAAAUGAGGAUGUGAUGCACCAUGGAUAGGCCCUAGUCACCGAACGUCAAGCACACAGGUUAUGAGUCAAUUCACUUCUGCUUGGUUGCAGACCAUUUGUCGAGAAAUGGUUUCCAGAUUAUCAGGAAGAUUUUUUCCUUGUUGGCAAGUUUAUAUCGAAGGCUUUCCAUAUGAAUCACAUUGCCAAGUUCCCUUAGCCAUUGGUAGCCAUAAAUCUCCAAUUGUGGCAAUAUUUUUGUCUUUCCAGAAAUUGGAUCAACCAAACCUGGAGGAAAAGCAUGGUUUUUGCAGAUAGGGCUAUCUAUGUAAAGUUUCAAUUAAACACAGAAGAGGAGGGAGAGACAUUUUGGGGCGCAAAAAGUGACAGAUGAUGUUUCGUUUCAUGUAUUUGAAUAGGUUAUAAUCAGGGUUUGUUCUGAUAUCACUGGCCAAGACUUCGAUGCAUAGAUUAAAUAAAUGCGGAGAGCACGAGCAACCUUGUCGGACGCCUCUGUGUAGGUAAAAUGGCUGUAAUAUCUCCCCAUUGGUAAUAAUGGAAGCCUGAGGUUGGGUAUAGAUGAUCUUAAUCCAAUUUAUGAACGAGUCACCAAAUCCAAAGCGGUGUAGAGAAGACAGCAUGAAUUUCCAUUCAAUAUGGUCAAAUGCCUUUUCCGCAUCUAAGGCGUAGCAUGGCUUUCUUAACACAGUGAUUUCCCUUGAAGAUUCAAAUGCAAGUUCAAAAGAGGAAGAUAUUAAGAAUUAUUCAUUAGUAUAAGGGAAAAAACUGUAAGACUUCUACACCAAAUACAAUCAUUAAACCAUGCUGCCACCAAUCAUUCUUUCUUAUGAGAUAUUAGCUGGACAGCAAUGCUUAGAGACUUAAGACCAAGCUGUGGCAUCACAUCAGUACUUUUUAGUUGAGUAGAAAUUCCUUGUUGGUUUACAAAAUAAAGGUGCUCAUCAAAAAGUGAUAAGCACACCUAGUUUGCGAAACUGUGUGGAGCUUACUAAAGAUGUUGAAACUAACAUUUUUGAGGACAGUAAAAUUAGAGCUGCCACCAUAAUUGUCAUUUUUUUCAUUUGAUAAAGCUGAUGAUUAUUUGUUUUUGAUUGUUAAGUUUAUGAAAGAUCAUCACGAUUUCCUAAAGCCCAAGGUGACAGAGGAUAUUUUCAAAUUUAGAAUAUAUAAUUUACAACUAUAUAAUUAGGAACAGCAGACAUUUUGACUUGUCAGAAAAGCACAGGUGUUAAUAAUAACAUGACGGGGAUUUUUUAAAAUUAGGGUUGUAAAAGGUGCUCAUCUAUAGUUACUGCAUCACCUACAGGAGAUGACAGUCAGCCCACUCAAGUUUGGAAAAACUAUACAAUGUACUGCUGUGGACCAGAGAUAUCAUAGUUUUGAUGACAUCUCAAAUUUGACUUUUAUCACUCCAGUUUUUGACUUUGGUUGAGUAGUUGAUCAUGUUUUCUAACAUUUGUUGACUGUCUUAGACCAUAGGAAAAACAUGUAUGAAGUUUGAAAAUGGGUGUAGUUCUCCUUUAAGAAGUGCAGAAUGGGGCCCUGAUCACACAGAAAGUGUUUAAGCAGCUGGAUGCUGCUUUUUGUAAUUGAUUUUAAUGAUAAAGAAGCUUUUUGCUCACUGUUUUUGCAUUGCUAUGUGCCUUGCAUUUCUGUGCUCUAGGCGCCUAGUGUUUUUGCCGGACCACUCUAAACUCCUUGAGUUGAAAAAACUUCAACUCAGAGCGAAAAACAAGUACCUUCUGCCUGUCCAUUUUAGGAACUAGCUACUAACUACUGUGAAAAUAAUUAGGUAGUUUUAGCUAGCCAAAAUAAAUGAUAGAUUGAUUAUACAUGAAGCUUAGGUUAAAGAGGUGAUGGCGUGGCUGCCUGGCAAUGAUAAAAAGGCACAGCAAGUGUUUUUUACUUGUGACAUUCAGUUCUUUAAAAAAGGCGGUGCAAUUUGCCUUGCGCAACCUGCAAAAUACUUUCUGUGUGAUUUAGGCCGAAGUUUUGCAGUACAAACAAAAUAUUUUGUGGAGGCAACUGACUCAGUCAUGUUGACGUCCCAGUCAUAUGCAAUUUUUUUUUUUUUUAGCAAAUUGACAAAGACUAAAACAAAACCAAUUUCCUUUUUAUUUUUAUUUCAUUUUUGUUUGUUAAGUAUGCAAUAUUGUUUCAGUUAGUUUUCUGCUUUAAAUAAAGUUUAAUUUUUAUUUUUCAGUUAA